UUUUCUUAGGCGUCUGCUUUUGAAAUUUUGCUUUGAAAAACCCAAGAUUCCAGUAUUUGUGUAUGAAAUGAAAAGAUCUGGACAAUGAUCACAGAGCCAGAUUGGAUUAGUGAAACCUAUUUACCAGAAGUUCAGAGCGGUUGCAUGAAGCUGAAAGGCAGUCAGUAGGGAGAGGUGGAAAAUGCACCAGAUUUACAGCUGCAGCGAUGAAAAUUUAGAAGUUUUCACUGUGAUUUCUUCCAAAUCAUGUAGUCCUGCCCGAAGACGAGCCAAAGCUUCACAGCACAUCCUUGCAAAGAGUGUGGUGGCCAUACCAGAGCACCGGUCCCACCAGGACCAUCUCCUGCGAGUGCUGUACGAGGAGGAGGCACGGGGCAGCCCGGGGCAGCGCAGAGCCAGCCCCAGCAAGGGCACUGCCCAGCACCCUGUGGGAAUUACUGAACAAGAGUCAUCCAAGUCCUAUAAUCACCUGUUGGAUGGAAAAUCUUUGAUCCCUCCAUCUCCAGUUGCCCAUAUCACGGUGAAAGCUGUGGCUGUCACGGGCUCACCCACACGCGAUCGCGCUUCUACGGAAGACCACAGGCAGCGCUGGAGGAAGACAACAGAGUAUGACCUGUCUCUGCCACCAGGAGCAGAAGCUUCCCUGCCACUGACAGGAGGCAACCUGUGUGGGACACCCAGCCUCCUGAGGAAAAUGUGGAUGAAGCACAAGAAGAAGUCAGAGUACCUGGGGGCAACAAACAGUGCCUUUGAGGCGGACUGAUAAGGCUCAGCAUCCCUUGGAAAGGCAGAAGGUCCUUUAGCAGGACAAGGUGCUUUAGGAUCAAUGAGGGAACAGACACAGAACAGCUCAUCCAGGAAAAUUAUAUCCUUUUUUAUUACUUGAUGCCAUUGCCUCAGAACAGUGAGAGAAAGGCUAACAAAGGUAAAAAUGGUGAAUAUGAUGCAACUCAAUGGCCUUUCCUUGUUGCAUUACACUAAAAUCCCAGCUAUCCUGCUCGAUUUACCUCUUGACUCGAUGCUGAGACUACUGCUGACCCACUCACCAUUCCCCAUGCCCUGUCUAAAUGAGCUUGGACUUGCAACAAGAGAAGCCUACAAAGAGGUUUGUGAAUUCCUGCAAGGCAGCAGACUGAUUACAGAGUGCCAUUAAAUCCCAGGAUCUGCUCGUGC